GUUCCAGAGGGGUGUCCUUUUCUCAGCUCAUCACGUGUUAGCCUCUAGAACUGGAGGUGGGCCUGCCCCACCGAUGUUCCACACAACCAUCUCCGGGGAACGGGUCACCGCUGCCAUCCAUCGAUGGCCGUCGUUUGACGGGGAAAACUGCGAAUGCUGAGCAGGCUAGUGAGGUUGGGGCCCGCCCUCAGUCUCCGCUCAUUGUCCGCUGGAUGGAAUUGAGGUGAAUGGAGGCCAUUUCCAACGUCGAGGACCCCAACUCAUCAGAGGGAGAUGAGAAACGGUGGCCCAAUGGACCAAAAAGGAAGAGAAAGAACAGCACAUGUUCGUUGAAGAGCAUGUCUGCACUGAACCUCUCUGUCCCGGGAUACAUCCCCAGCUACUUGGAGAAGGAUGAGCCGUGUGUGGUAUGUGGAGACAAGGCCACCGGCUACCAUUACCGCUGCAUCACCUGCGAGGGCUGCAAGGGUUUCUUCAGGCGCACAAUCCAGAAGAACCUUCACCCGGCAUACUCCUGUAAGUACGAUGGCUGCUGCAUCAUCGACAAGAUCACAAGGAACCAGUGCCAACUGUGUCGCUUCAGGAAGUGCAUCGCAGUUGGCAUGGCCAUGGACCUGGUGCUGGACGACUCUAAGCGGGUAGCCAAGCGUCGUCUGAUUGAGGAGAACCGGGAGAAGAGGAAGAAGGACGAGUUCGUGAAGACUCUACAGAUGCGUCCAGAGCCUGACAGCUCGGAGUGGGAGCUGAUCCGCCAUGUGACAGAGGCCCACCACCACACCAACGCGCAGGGCUCCCACUGGAAACAGAAACGCAAGUUCCUGCCUGAGGACAUAGGUCAGUCCCCCGGGGCUCCCACCCCAGACGGAGACAAGGUAGAUCUGGAGGCCUUCAGCGAGUUUACCAAGAUCAUCACCCCCGCCAUCACACGUGUCGUAGACUUUGCCAAAAAACUUACCAUGUUCUCAGAGCUGCCUUGUGAGGACCAGAUCAUCCUAUUGAAAGGCUGCUGUAUGGAGAUCAUGUCGCUUCGUGCCGCUGUGCGCUACGACCCAGAGAGCGAGACGCUUACCCUGAGCGGCGAGAUGGCGGUGAAGAGGGAGCAGCUGAAGAAUGGCGGGCUGGGCGUGGUGUCGGACGCCAUCUUUGAUUUGGGCAAGAGUCUGGCGCAGUUUAACCUGGACGACUCGGAGGUGGCCCUGCUGCAGGCUGUGCUCCUCAUGAGCUCAGAUCGCUCGGGCCUGACGUCGGUAGAUAAGAUAGAGAAGUGCCAGGAGACGUACCUGCUUGCCUUCGAGCACUACAUCAACCACCGCAAGCACAACAUUCCCCACUUCUGGCCCAAGCUGCUGAUGAAGGUGACAGACCUGAGGAUGAUCGGGGCGUGCCACGCCAGCCGCUUCCUCCACAUGAAGGUGGAGUGUCCCAACGAACUCUUCCCUCCGCUCUUCCUGGAGGUCUUCGAGGACCAGGAAGUAUGAGAUGACCCCUGACUUUUGACCUGGAAGAGAUAGAA